GCGUCGUACGACCGAAUUUGCUGGAAACAUCUGGCGCGACGCAAAAGGAAGGAACCCAAAUCUCUCAUAUGGAAAUUGUCGAUACCUGAAGCUGAUAGCUCCACCAUAAGCAAUUCAUCCUACUCACAACUCGCCGAUGCCAUGGACCACAAGGACACGGAGAUGAUGGAAACCGAGCCAUUGAACUCGGCCGCAAUGCAGCCGCUGCGGCAGGAUAAGGACGAUGGAGUCAAGGAGCUUCUCUCAUUAGCUCGCCAGCUCCUCAAUCAAGGCAAGCCCUCGCAGGCUCUUCAAGCGGUUGUGAUGGCCAUGAGAAGUCAGGGUGGAGAUAGUGCUGUACUUCAAUCCUUGCAGCGUGCCCGUGAACUAUACAUUAGUAAACUUCAAGCAAACUCUGCUGUUGACCAAUUGGCCUCUUUGUUUGCUGAGUGUGCAAUUGCAGAAGCAGAGCCUUCAAAGCCUGAAUCACCAAUAUGUUGUAACACAGGCAUCCCAUCUGUUGCAUCGGAUGCUCAUGGGAUUUCCAUACUAGCAGAAACUGGAAGGACUCAAAUUGUAUUGGAUGCCUUCUCGGAUGGAAGCAGCUUUAUCUGUUUGAAGUGCGGUGGUCUUGUAAGUAAUCAUCGUAAAGAGGAACAUUAUGCAUACUGGUGUUGCAGCAUCUGAUGUGCAAAACAUGUGGAGUGGAUGUUUAUUUUCAAUGUCCAGCAGAUGCAUGAUUAGCAGACUUUUAUUGCAUUCAACUGGAUUUUGCUCAUAUAUUCAAGUAUGCUUCUGUGAAAUAUGAUAGAGUUGAUUUUUGUGUCAUAAAAAUUGAUUAAAGAGUGGAGCGGAUAACAAAAACUUAUUCCCAUACGAGGGAAAUGUAGAAUUUUAUACUCCUGUACUGAGCAAAUUGCCGUUUCUGGGUAAUAAAGCUUUGAAACUCGUGUUGUUUUA